AUGCAUGGAGAUACAAUGACAGCGAUGGCAAAUGCUAUCGAAAAAUCAGAAUUUGUCAUCAUCUGUAUGUCGGAAGCAUAUAAACAAAGUCCGUACUGUCAAGCGGAAGCACAUUAUGCAUUCGAACGACGUCGAAAGUUGAUUCCGUUGGUAAUGAAGUCAAAAUAUAAACCCGAUGGAUGGUUGGGAAUAAUUGUUAGUGGAAAGAUUUACGUAGAUUUCACUAAACAUCAAUUCGAUCUAGCUUGUUCAAUGCUUAAAACUGAAAUCGAAAAGAAACAACAAACUGAAAGUAUCGCUUCUAAGCCAUUAGCAAAAACAACAACUGAUUUAUCUGCUCUAUGUACGUCAUCAAUAGUUCCUAUGGAACUACCACAUUGUAUCGAUGUCUGGUCUGCAGAUCAUGUUCGUUCAUUUCUUGUUGCUAACAAUUUCACAUCACUUUUACCCGUCUUCACUGAUUUUAAUGGUCAAUUGUUACAUCAAGCAUAUGCCAUGUGCCAACUAAAUCGAGAAACUAUGUUUCAUUCAAUGAAGAACGAAGUGGCAACGUGUGAACAUGUUCUGCCACUAACACUCGGUACUUAUCUUCAUUUUCUCAAUGCAUUGAAGCAGUAUAUUCCAAUAUCUAACAGUGAUACUGCACAAACACCAGCGUCGAUGAUUUGCAGUGUUAUGUAA